CGACGCAGUUGGUGCAGCCCACGGUGUCUGGUCGCGCAGCAACGGGCAGCGGACGCUCCGGCGUGGGGCUGCUGAGGUGCGGGCUGGCCGCUGUCCUGGCGGCCGUCGCCCUGAGGUGCGUCUUGCCGGGGUUCCCGCCCGCUGGGCGGCCUGGGGCGCUCCCAGCACGGCUCUGCGAGGUGUGCAAGCAGAGGCAGCAGCGUUCUGCGCACAGCUGGCACUGCUGGGAUGCGGAGGUGAGCUGUAGGGCUCCUGCCCCACUCCUGAGCCCUGCUUCGGCUGCAGGGGGUUCCUUGCUGUGACCUUGGGAAGUACAGAAAUACCCUAUCAGGGAAUACACACCUCGCCUAGAGCAGGAAGAAAUUGUCAGCUUAUUGUGAAGAACAGGCUGUGUCCAGCACCCACAGUGUGCCCGCUGGGAGAUUGUGCCUGUGAUGAAGGCAAGCAACAAAUCAUGGAGAAAGUGGCCAGACAAAGUGGAGAGUCCUUUCAAGCGAUCAGAGCCUCCCCCGCUGCUUCUGCAAAGAUAAUGUCCGUGCCCACCUCACACAUCCCGUGUUGUCACACAGCCAGUAAAGGUCUCUGUGGCUCUGUGCUGCCAAGAUGUCCACUAACACACUUUCCUGUUUGCGCGUGGAACCCAGAUUCCAUUUGUAUGCCCUUGAUAUCCUCAGCAAGAAGGAAUUUCAUUCACUCAUCCCCAGAGGCUUCCAAUUGCGUAAGGGGUGCUCGUGUGCUGGCAAGGAGGGAAGUUGAUGGCUAUUACUACCUGGGCCACAUCGCACAAGAAGUGAAGGGCUCCAGGGAAUGUUUUUUAAUUGAAUUUGACAAAAGUCUCACACUGAAAGGCAAGGUGCAGCUUCGUAUGCAGGAAACGCCUCUCUACGACAUUCUCCACUACGAAGAUGCCUUGCAGCAGUCCCUUGCUCCAGGAGACAGAGUCUUGGCACCGUGGGAGGCUGACAAUGAACGCUUCGGCCCGGGCACUGUGCUCAAGGUUAUGGAGAACAAAAAGACACGUUUAGCACACCAUAGAAAGGGAGUACUUGUGAAUUUCUGGAACGGGCAAACUAAGGAAGUAUCUUCUGACCGAGCUCUACGGAUCCCUCUGCCCUUAAGCGAGCGCAUCAUCCUAGAACUGCAGAUGCCAUUGGCAGCCAGGCAGAUGGUGGUGGAGUCAAGCUUGGACUACCCAUACAUUGUGACACCAGGUUACAGAGCUUCAGGCCAUUAUAGAUGGGGCCACUCAGGGUUGGACUGCUGGCCAGGGGGGCUGUGUUCAGUUCAGUCAUGCGCUAAGUGCAGCUGUAGGUGUACCCUAGUUCCCCACUGCUGCCUUGCAGCCUGCAAAAGCCCACAGCCUACAGAGCACAAAGUGCAGCAAGAAAAUGCCUUCAUCCCAGGAUCAUGCUUGAGUAAAGAAGAGCUCAGCAAGAAAAUAGAAGAGCAACUGUCCGAAGUGAGGAUUUCCCCUUCAGGAAGUGUUUCCAGAGAGGAAGAGGAAAAUGAAGAGAAGAGCUUGAUGACAGAAAAUGCUCCAAAAGAUGCUCAGUCUUGCUUGGAAGAGGACAAUGAGGUUUUAGGUCCUAAGACGAGUCCUCGGAGAGAGAUGGCUCAUGCUACAGUGGUUGAUACUGCUGUCAGCACAGACAGCUGGUUGAUGGAGUCAGUCCACAAGGACGAAGCAGGCAGCAGACAGCAGGAUGCUGGAACUGAGGCUCAUUUUAAACACAAACAUGGUCUUUUUGAGUCCAGAGUGGCAGAAGCUCCAAUUCAAUCUUCCCAAAGGAGCCCUUCCCUGGGAGCCAGUGCCUUGUGUCCUUUCCAGCGACAAAGCUUCUUUGACCAAGUGCAUCAAUCACUGAAGAAGGACAGCUUGGCCAUCGAAACAGUCCUGCACGUACAGAGACCGCGCAGUACCUCCAGUGCACAAGCUGGGAGAUUCACAAAUCUAAAUCUUCUAAAAGACAAAAGCAUUUCAAAAUCUGUACUUAACAGUGCAUCUCCGGAGAGAUGGAAAGAGAUGGACCUCAGCAAGGCCAAGAUUGAGCACAAAAGGCGCCGAGAGGAAGAGAGGCAGUUGAAGAGGCAGCAGCAGCAAGAGGCAGAUGCUGUCCAACGUCAGCUGCGCAGGAACAACCAGAGGCAGCGACUGCAUCAGAGAAUGUUGCAAGGGUUGGAGAAAAAGCUGGAGCACAAAAACAGAGCUUUGCAGCACAUGGCACUGCUGCAAGCUGCUCAGUCAGAGAGGAGCAGGAAGGAGUCCCUUUUGUCAGAGGAGGAGAACAGAAAGUCAAGUCAGAGGCUGCAGUUCCUAAGUACACAACGACUGCAGAGAGAGAAUCUUCUUGCGGAACGCAAUGAAAGGAGCUUUGAACAAGAAAAAGGAAGGCUGGAUUUUUUGAGGAGCAGAAUGCAAUCACGGCAGAAAAUGCUGACACAAGACUCAAAGGAGAGGGACAGGCAACAAAAGCAGCACCAGGCUGCCAAAAGGAAAGUGUUCCAGAGCAGAGACUGUUUACAUAAGAAGGUGCAAAAAGAAGACCAAAGACACUGGGAUUUUCAGCAAUACCUCAGAGAACAGAACCUUUUGAUGCUCCGAGCAUCACUGCUAGCAUAAGGAAACUGCAGAGUGGGUAAGCAGGCACUCGAUAAGUUCACAGACCUGUUCUGCAUCUUGGUGUGUGUGUCAGUGUGCUGCAGUUUGGGUGCAAGAAUGCAGUUGUGACAAAUGGAACUUCAAAUGGAAUAAUGUACCUCCCUUUCACUGCAGCCAGCAUGUGUUACUGCUGCUCUGUCCCUUACAAGUCUCUCUUCCUAGAGUAACUGCUCUGGUCCAGCUCUCUAUGGCAUAGACUCCCACCUUGGUCAGACUGUUUUUCAUUUUUAGGUAUAUGCAACAACCCCACUGACAGUCCCAGCACUGCAACCAAAAGCCAUGGUGGUAUUUAACAGCCAGAGUGCUGCCAUCGUGCCCCAAAGGCAUCUGAAGGAGGCCAGCUGCUUCUGUAGGAGCCCGUGGAGUCAGCGUCUACAGCAUUUAGUUUCGUAGUCUAGGACUGCUGACAGUGUCAUGGGGCAAUACAGAGUAGAGCUACAGAAGAGCUGGAAGUUGGCAGAGGGAUGUCAGGUUGUACCGGCUUUCAAGAUGCAAAUGACAGAGAAAGGAAUUACUUGAGUGAGAGCACAUGCCAUGCAAUGUACUAAGUGAAAAACACGAAGGAAGGUCAGAAGGGGCUCCCUGGGAACGAGUCUCUCAAGUGGUAGAAGCCACAGAUACUUUGAAGUAGUAUGGCCACAGACACAGGUUAUGCCCUGCUAUAGAAGCUUGCAGGGGAAUUAAUUACAGGCUUGGAGAGGCUUCUGCUGCUGAAUUCUGGGAACUUUUUGCUCUGCUGUGUUUCUUCCAGAACAGGGCCAGAAGUGCACAUUUCUUAAAGGUCAAGGACAACAUUAAAUAGGAAGCAAAGCCACGUGAUGCUGUCGUAUGACUUACCUUGCAAUGUUAGUGUUACAUGACAUACAGGGAGGGAGAACUUGGAGACCAGUUGGAUGGAAAAAAAAAAAAGUGCAGCAAUGAAAAUAUACGUGCUAAAAUACAACAUAAAUGGUCCACUGCUAUUUCCAUUAUUACAACUGACACUUGCAAGUGUUCCAUUGCAUGUGAUUUGCAGACAUCCAUAGGAAAGAAGUCCAUACAUAUGAUGAAGUUGUGCUACCACCUGCCAGAACUGCUGUAGGUCCAGAACUGCUGUAGGUCCAGUACUGCUGCAGAAGGCAGGGCAGAAAUCCAGUAAUGUGAGAUCUGCUCCCAAAAACCUGGUAAGACAGCUUAGAACCAUCCAGCUUGGGCUUCAACUGAGUGAAGAUCCUUCCACUGUCCGUAUUCUUCAGAAAACGUAGGGCAUUCCCCUAGAGAAGAACACCUUAGAGAAAAGCUAAGUGCAGAAAGGUGGGGUUCUUUGUUUGUUUGUUUGUUUUUGUGGAAAGACACCAUUUCUAGGCAUUAUGGUGAGAAAAAUGUUUAUUUUCUGAAACACGUGUCUUUGGACAAUCACCAAACCCAGUGGUGGUCAAGGAGUUCUGGUUUGGUAUUGUCUCAUCUUCUGGCCUGCUUGUCUACAAAAGCUGGAAAUCUUACGUCAGAAAGAUAGAUGCAGGUAGAGCAUGUGAUCAGAAUAAAUAGGCUACGUGUUCACCACAAAUAAGUGAGGAGGAUGCUACAAACAAAUGGGUAAACUGAAAGUUGAGUGAGCAAAUGAUAUAAGAAACCAAGAUAGCCAGCAGCGCUACAGAAGAGUUUCCCCAUUCCCACUUCAGGGUAAAACAGUUGCCACCUGGAGUCCAGGGUGCAACUUGCUCCUGAUGGCCCCAACUGAAGUAACUGCAUUGCUCAUUUGUGACAGCAAGGCAUGUGGCAUCAGCUGCUCCCAUGGAUAAGAUACUGUCUUCAUCCCUCACCAGGAAAGAAGUAAGGCACACCAGGAGACACUGUUACACAACAAAGAGAAGAGAUGAGUUUGAUGCAUUGCACUCUGAUCAGUGGCAGCGCCUUCAUUCACAAAGGGGAUGAGGAAGUUAUGGUUGUCACCGUAUAAAAUCCAGGUAUAAAAUAUAGGUGUCACAGAGUGCCAUUAUCAUCAGCUUUGGGCAGCGAGAAAAUUUAAUUCACAUGGGUAUUUAGGAAAUGAGAACGAACAUGGCACAAUUUGCUGGGGCACUCAAAACUAUAUUAAAGGGAGCUCUUAUUUUUCAUGAAAGUGCGCUAAGGUAUAAAAUAAUGGAACUAAAAUACGUGAGAUACCUUGUUUGAAGUAGUACCCAGAGCCAAGUUGGAUACAACAUUUAAGUGCUGACAUUCUGUGUCCACUUGGAAACACGUAACACGCUUUCUGGAAUAUCGCUCAGCAAAGAGUGCAGGUAUUAUAAACUUCAUCCCUGCUGCAGGAAUACAUCUUCAGUUAUGGUAGUUUCUAAAAAUAAAAAGGUUAAGAAAACUGACAAAAGGGAGCUCUUCUGAAAUUCUGCUUAAUCUGCUGCACGGCUAGCAGUUUCUUAGCGUUAAGUCUUGGACUGUGUUCCCCCAGAGAUAACUGAGGGGUUACGCGUUUCGCUUUCCCCCACAAAAUGAAGGUUAAAGCUAGGUCUCCCAUCCAGCUGGUUGCAAACUAUUCCAAGGUCUUCAUAGCUCAAAGGAAUAUUUGUAACUUGAGGAUCCAUAGUAAGCAUGAACCACCCUGAGGUUUAUGUUUUAAAAAAUGCAGCAGGAAACAAAGCUAAACCUAAAUAUAAGGCGAAGGCUUUGAGUUUUUGUUGUUUUUUUUUUAAAUUAAGGUCUUAAACCAUUUGGUUUAAGCUCUAUUUAACCUCGGGAUAAAGUUGGCUGAAAUCUGCUGUUGGUGCAAAUGUUGGUAGUUGUCCCUAAGAGCUGUGUAACAGCUGGGAGCUGAGCCCAGGCUGCACGCACUGCAGUGUGCUGCACUGUGCCUGACCCUGGCCCCCCUGGGCACAAACAGGCAGUGGGGUGUGCAUGCUACUGGGUGCUGGGGUGCUGGCAGCACGUGGAGAUUUUCUUCAGUGUGAAGUUCAGAGGUUGCUUGCUCUGUCUUUUUUUUUUUUUUUUUUUUUUUGGAAGACAGAGUUAUUUUACUCAAUAUCAUGUACUAUUUAGGCCAAUAACAUACCUUGUUUUGAGUUUGAGUCUGCUUAGACUCAAGCAUAAAGUUUGAAACCCACCAUUAAACUCUGCUGCUGCUUUUUAUCCUCAAACAUUUGGAAAUGGAGCAUUUCAUGAUUGAAGUGCAUGAAAUACACUGAGCAGAAUAGUAAAUUUAUUUUUCAGGCUUCAUUUAUACAUCAUUAAUCACCAUUUUAUAAUCACCAUUAAACAGAUCAUGUGUAUGCAUGCUUUCUCUUCAUCGCUUAACCAGCUGAGAACAGGCGACUGCAGAGAGCCAUGUGUGGCUGCAGUUUCCCAUGAAGUGUAUCUGGGAAUAUAUUUAGCAUGACAGUAUUUCCAACCGUUCAUAGACUAUAUUUCUUGCCCUAAAAAUAAGGCCAUAAAAUAACGUUAAGAAUUUUAUUAAAAUAACUGACCGUA